GAAGAUAGUAUUCAUAGAAAACUUUUGCUUUUAUCGCAGGUGUGCUUUUAUCAUGCUGUUGACAAUUUUACCCGCGUGUCGACAUUGGGUUUUCAUCGCCGUCGCUCUAACCAUCCUCAUCGUCACUGACAACAAUCCGCAAACACGAUUUGCAGAAGCAACAGGGAAACUGUUCGAGUUUCCAGAACCGCCUCCACAGGCUCUGGAUGACCCAAAUUUCAGGCAAAUUGUCGGUGAACCCGUGCUUCUCACAGACUAUAUUUCAAGGGGUCAAAUCGACGAGGGUCGACGCGCUAGUGCAGUUGUGAUCAACGAGACCGUAAUUCCUGAAUUGGCAGUCUUCAAUAAUCAGGGCAGGGUCACGUUCACCGGCUUUCUCACUGUCAACAAGGAUUGCGAUUCCAACCUCUUCUUCUGGUUUGUGCCUGCCAAGGAAGGGCCAGAAAGUGCCCCAUUAGUCCUGUGGCUUCAAGGCGGCCCUGGAGGGUCUUCCCUUUUCGGGCUCUUUGUAGAAAAUGGGCCCUGGAUCCUGGACUCGAAUCUGAAUCUAGCCUUCAGGUACUACGACUGGACCCGAACCCAUUCCAUCAUCUACGUGGACAGUCCAGUGGGUACCGGGUUCAGCUACACCAAUGGAGAGCAGUGUUAUGCUAAGAAUCAAGAGGAUGUGGCCAGAGAUCUGAGUACAUUCUUGUCUCAAUUCUUCCUGGUCUUUCCCGAGUUCAGCAAUCAGCAAUUUUACAUUUUUGGGGAGUCUUCUGGUGGCAAAAGUGCGGCAGUUUUGGCUCACAAGAUCACCGCUGGGAAUUCCAAUAAUUUGGGUGGCUCUUUGACCAAAACUGGAGAGGUUGACAUGUCAAUCUCUAUUUCCAAGAAAAUAAACCUGGCAGGUGUCGCCAUUGGGAACUCACUUUGUGACCCGUUUUCCAUGUCACACUGGGGCAACUUUUUGUAUGGCAUCGGUCUGAUCGGGUCUCAAGACCAAGAAUAUUUCUCGAAGAUCUCGAAUGCGAUUCGAGAUAAAAUCCGCGAAAACAAGUACACCAUAGCAUCUGAGCUGAUUGACAAUCUGAUCACGGGUUUGCUGACCCCGGACCACGCAACUUAUUUCGGGAAAGUCACCGGCGCUGAGUAUUAUUUCAACUUUUUGUGGUACGACACUCCGCCAGAUUUUGCGUAUUAUUCGAAAUUUCUGGACUUGCCUCAUGUGAGGAGAGCGAUUCAUGUUGGACACAAGGUUUUCCAAAAUUCAACGAAAGUUCAGCAGAAUUUAUUGGAGGAUUUGUCCCAGUCUGUGCAUCGCUACAUCGAGUCUGUGCUGGACUCUGGGGUCAAGAUGCUGUUUUACAAUGGACAGCUGGACAUAACAGCAGCAUUUGAACUGACGCAAUAUUUCAUCCACAAAUUGCAUUGGCGCUACGAUGCGGGUUUUCAAGCUGCCCCGAGAGACAAGUGGAAAAAUGGCACGGAAAUUUCCGGUUAUAUCCAGAGACACCGGAAUUUGGCACUCGCUCUUGUGCUGAAUGCGGGACACAUGGUGGCUUACGACCAGCCCAGCAGAGCUUUCGACCUCCUGAUGCUUUUCACGAAAGGAAGAAUCAUCUAGAAACUGAAAUCAGUCCGAGUGAAAUAUAUCAUAUUCUUUAAAAUAAAAAUUCUCAAAGAACUCAAUGAGUUUAUUCGAUUUUUUGGAAUUUGAAAGUCAGAAAAAAAAGUUGCUGCAUGUUUC